AUGUUCUGUUCAUUACUGACGUGGCUCGGACUGUACGUUGCUGCGGUUUGGUUGUACGAAAAUCUUCGUACUCCCGUACUGCUGGUACUAAGAAGCAUUAAGCAGUUAGUGUUCCGCCAGAAACUCUCUCAGCGAUACGGCAAAUGGGCCGUCAUAACCGGUGCAUCGGAUGGCAUUGGGAAGGGUUACGCACAUUAUCUCGCCCGGCAGGGCAUGGCGAUAGUGUUGGUAGCUCGCAAUGAAGCCAAGCUCGCUAAAGUGGCCGCCGAAAUCAAAUCGAAACACGGUGUGGAAACGAAAAUUGUUGUAGCCGAUUUCUCCAAGGGACGAGAGAUCUAUCCGCAUCUUGAAAAGGCGCUCGUUCCAUUGGAUAUAGGCAUCCUUGUGAACAAUGUUGGCAUUUUCGAUACACCGAUGUACGUGGACGAAGUACCUCAACAGAAGCUGUGGGACUUUAUCCAUGUGAAUGUGGCCGCUGCAACACUGUUGUGCAAUAUUCUCGCGCCCGCGAUGAAACGUCGGCAACGUGGCCUCAUCGUGAACGUGUCCUCGAUCGCGUCAGUGUGUCCAGCGCCCUGUUUGGCGACUUAUGCCGCGUCGAAAGCGUACGUGACAAGCUUCUCGGUGGCCUUGGCUGAAGAGUUGCGCCCGUUUGGUGUUGAGGUCCAAACCGUGCUGCCUUCCUUUGUACACACCAAUAUGUCCGACUACAUGGUUAAGGAUGCGAAGGACCCAUGGAGGAAAAAAUAUAUGGUCACCGUGGAUAACUUCAUGGCGUACGCAGGAUGCACGAUCGGUAAGGUGGACUUCACUUCCGGCCACUGGUCACACGGGUUACAGUUUGCUGUUCUCUAUCUGUUUCCGGAAUUUGUGCGAGUGUUUGUUCUUGGUAGAGUGAACAAGAAGUUGCGCGAGGAUUUUCAUGUUCAAAAGAAGACUAAAGUGCGAUAA